AUGGUUAAAGUGCUGUAUCUAGGGCCUGCUGGCACAUACUCACACCAAGCUGUGCUGCAACAAUUCGCCGAUGAGGAACUAAUUCCAACAAAUUCAAUCCCUUCUUGCUUCAAAACGCUUAUUGAAGAUGAAGAUAUAGACUAUGGGGUUGUACCAUUGGAGAAUUCAACGAAUGGACAAGUUGUGUUCACAUACGAUCUUUUCAGAGAUUUUAUGCAGUCCGAGGAGGAACCAAAGCUUGAAGUUGUUGGGGAACAAUACGUUGAUAUCGCACAUUGUCUCAUCGCACCAGCACCAUUGGAGGUAGACAAGCUCAGAAAAAUCGGCACAAUAUAUUCGCAUCCACAGGUGUGGGGUCAAGUGAAGGACUAUCUUGCUGAUCUUGAGAAGAAGUACGGGAAGUUUACAAAAAUUGACUGUAAUUCCACAUCUGAGGCUGUAACGAAAUGCAUUCAAGAGUGGGAUUCAAAAGAAAGGAUAACUCUUGCCAUUGGAAGUCGUGCUAGUGCAAAAUUAAACAAAGGUUUCAUAGUAGAUAGCGGAAUUAAUGACAUAAAGGGGAAUACAACAAGGUUUUUGAUAUUGAGAAGGCGUAAGCCGAAUAAUCGCCUAGUGACAGAUUGUCUACCUCCCAACACGGACAGUAAAAAGGUGAAUUUAGUGACCUUUGUAACCAAACAGGACGACCCAGGUUCUUUGGUGGACGUUUUAAACGUAUUGAAGGAUCAGAGGUUAAAUAUGUGUUCUAUUUCCUCGAGACCGUUCCAUGCGGACUCCCUUGCAGGUCGAAAAUGGCAGUACUGUUUCUUUAUUGAGUUUUAUCAUAGUGAAACAACGGACUAUGAGUUGUUAAUGGAGAAGUUUGACGAGUACUGUGCGAAAUGGAUUCAUUGGGGCAGAUUCUACAGAAAUCCUUCGUAUUACCAGGUGUCUUAG